AUGAUUCGAAGGUGCCAAAUGUGUCCUCAGUUUGAACAAUGUCCGAAUGGAGAUUUGUGUGCAUUCUCACACAACAAAGUAGAAUAAGUGUACCACCCAAAUAGAUAUAAGAGCAAAUACUGCGUCUAGAACAAGGAUUGCGAGUAUGGGAUGUACUGUUCAUUUGCACACAACGAUCACGAAUUGCGAGUCCCCCAAAAACUAGAGUAAUUGGUGCAGGACAAAAAAUUCUGGAUGUUUCAUUAUAAAACAAUAUGGUGUCCAUACAUAGUAGGACAUGACCGAGCCACUUGUGUUUAUGCUCAUAAUGCGCAAGAUUUCAGAAGGGAUCCUCAAUUGCUUCAACCGAAGGAAUGUGCAAAUUGGAAUAAGACUGAUUAGAUUUCAAGGUACGAUCAAGGAGGCUGUCCUGAUCAAGAAAACUGUCCCAAUUGUCACGGCUGGAAAGAAUACGAAUAUCAUCCCUUGAUUUACAAGACAAAACCUUGUGCACAACCGAAUUGCAUCAAAAAAGAGUGUCCAUUCUUCCACAAUGAUUAAGAACGUAGAAUACCCAAGCAACAGAAUGAAAAGCAGUGGAUCAUCGAGGAACCCAACCCUCAGAAUUAGUUAAGAAUCCCUUACAAGUCCAACUCAAAUUAUCAAGGACCCAUUAUUCCAAGUUAUAUUCCUCAAGAUCUGAAUAGGGAGAAGAUGGAAGUUGGACAGCCUCUGGAGUUGUUCAGCUCGACUACCACUUCAUCGAAUCCGAUAUCGAGGAGAGGGUCGGAUUUCUCAGAUAGGCAGAAGAAGAAGUGGAACACUUAACGGAAACAUCAUCGUACUGCUCCUACUACGCCUGAUCAAAAAUAGUAGUAGUAAACGAAGAUGCCCUUGAUUAAAUAUUCUCGGAGGUUGUAAGAUGAGUUGUGGAAAAUAUCUGGGUCUGAUUUCAUAUUACACACUCUUGAAGGGAUGAAAAUCACUGAGAUGAGUUUGAUGCACAUGAAUGAGUUGAAUCUGCUCUCUUUGAACAUUAGUGAUUAGUAAAAGCAAUAUUUGAUAUAAGCCUUAUUCAAUAUUAAGUAGGAAAAGAACUACGAUGAACAACACGAUGACGAAUUAUUAAAAGAGAGUGCUGGGCAAUUUUGAAGUUUUGAAAUUUUGGUUCUUGUAUUUCAAUAUCAUUUAUUUUUCCAAUCUUAAUUCA